AUUACCAACAGUCAGGGGCGGACUGACCAUUUGGAAACUCGGGCACUGCCCGAGGGCCCGGGGUCAGUAGGGGGCCCCAUGAGAUGCCCCUGGUACCUUUUUCAUAGGCUUUUUUGAGUUUGGGCAAGGACACAGGGGCCCCAUGAUCCCCUAUUGCCCGGGGGCCCAUGAGCUGUCAGUCCGCCCCUGCCAACAGUGAUUAUAAAUGCUACACAUAUCAAUUUAGCCUUGCUAUCACACUAAAUAUGCAUUAUUGCUAUAGAAUACUUGCUGGGGCUGGGCGUAAAGAUACU